ACCUCCUUCUGGCAGAACUCGACCCCCACCCCCAAGCGUCUCUCCUCCACCCUCUCCCAAGCCCCUCGAUCCCAGAUCCCCGUCUCCAAGUCACCCUCUCCCUCCCUCAGAUCUCGGUCCGCCGCCGCCCACCAUCGACGACCCUCACCAUAGACGAGAUCGAGCUUCUCCCUCCCUCCCGUUCUCCCCUAGCCUUAUCCACUCCGAGCCAACCAACCACUCCGGACCUCUCCUCCCCCACCCAGCCUUCUUCGUCUCCACCUCCACCACAGGUUCCAGGAGAGCUCGCCUCGCCUUGCUGCUGCCUGAAGCCACCAGCGGAGUCACGCCGGAGGGAGCAUGAAUGUCUCCGUCGUGUCCCGGAGCGGCCGCGAGGUCGUCAAGGGCGGCAUCGAGCUCAAGGACUCGGCCAAGGUCGCGGAUCUGCAGGAAGCCAUCCAUGCCAAGAGCGGAGCAGCGGGUGGGGGAGCGAAAUCAGGCGAUGGCCAGCAAGUCAAGGCCGUCACGACGGCCGGUGGCGCAACAUGCGACUAUGGCGGACCUAGUUCUGGAGACCCCAUCCGCGCGCGUCCAGGCAAGUUGCGACCAUGGUCGCCCUCCUACGUCAGUCGGCGGCAUCGGAGCCAUGUCAGAGCCAAUUGCUGGGCAUGUCACCGAGACUAACCAAGACGCCACGGCUGCAAGUGCUGGGCAUGUCACCAAGAAGACCAACAAGCAGUACUAGCUCUGUAAGUUUGGCUUGAUGCAAAUCUUGUCAAUUACUAUGGAUUUUAGUUACUGGCGGUCAAGUUAAUGCAAGUCCUAGUGGUGUUGUAGAGGGAGAUCUAAGUAUGGUUGUGUAUCCUUAAAAUUUCAAGUAUGAGGGAGAUCUAAGCAUGCAUAUAUACCCAAUAG